AUGCGUACUAUGGAGACUGUAACUAAUCAACAUUUCAUGAUAAUAGGUGGCCCCAAGAGUACUCUGAGGUCUUAUGAAAAUCUCAAAUCACGAAUGGGUUCAAGGAUCCAAGAUCUUGAAUUCUUAGCUAUAUCAUAUUUUUGGAACAUUGCUUGUGUAUUUUCGUUUUGGAGCCUAGGAGGAGACAUUAUUCGAGUGUAUUUUACAGACAUUCGUUUCAUGGACCAAUUUUCUGUUUAUGCUGAAAAUAAUUUCAAAGAACCUAUUAAAGAACAAGGAAUAGCAUAUGUCAAUUGGAAACUUACCAAGGUUUUUUCUGAUUAUGAAAAGGAUGACAAUCAAACUGAAGAUAAAAUCUCGGUACGUUUUGCGCUGACGAAUUCUUGGAUACUACCGAAGGAAGACAGCCCUGGAAAUAAAAUUGUUUGGAGAAAGUUGGACUACCGACAACACCUCCACUGUUCACUCGUUAGUGAUUUUCUUACUAUUAAUGAUUAA